GGUUCCUUGGAAAUAACACAGAGUUUGGAAGAUGAUCCUCUACUGGAUGCACCACUUAUUUCAUCUCAUACGUUGCAUUCCCAGCUGAAGCCAAGAUUUCAUGCUAUCCCAGCAGUUCUUCUUGCCAAUUUUCUGUUGCUAAUACAUGUUGCUUUUGUCGUUCUAGCAUUUUUAGCAGUUAUGUUUUGUUCUUACCCCAAUCCAAAUCAGGAUAAGUGUCCUGGAAACUAUACUCACCCACUUAAAGUGCAGACUGUCAUAAUAAUUGCAAAAGUAAUUCUGUGGGUUCUGCAUGGUUUUUUUGAACGAUACAUCCAGCACCACCACAGUAAAGUCAGAAGCAGAGGUUACUUCUCAAUAUACCGAUCAACAAGACAUCUAAAAAGGCUUCCACUGCUGAUACACUCCACAGGUAAUACAGCCCUGCUUUUGAUUCUGUCAGUACAGCAUUCCUUUCCUGAUCACAGUAAAGUAUACCUGUAUCUUAUCCUGGGAGUCUUGGGGCUGGAGCUGAUUAGCUCCCUGACAUGCCUGGUGAUUUACACAGUGAAAAUAAGCAACUUCAAUCGUGCAAAGCCAAGACCUGACAUAAUUGAAGAAGAAAAGAUGUAUGCCUACCCUAGUCACAUUACCUCAGAAAUCGGAUUCAGGGAAAAUUCAAGUUUAGAAGAGAUAGUUGAGAAGCAAGGAGAUGUAAUUGAAUAUCUUCAGCGACACAAUGCACUGCUCAGCAAAAGACUACUGUCACUAACAUCUCAGCACAUCAAAACUUAACAGCAUUUGGAAAACUGCUACUGGAGCCCUGGAGGGAACACAAGGUAAUGCAGUAUCCAGACUGCUUUGUACACACGACUCUUCCAUCUUUCACAUUUUGAAAUGGAAGUUAAGCUGGAUAAGUCUGCAUACACUAU